AUGUCCGAUGAAAGUGACAGAUUUUCCCUAACGGCUGAACAAUAUUUAGGUAAGGUCACCUGGUAACUUGACAGACUACGCAACGCUAUAAUUGACAGAUGUUUGUCCGAUCAUGACAACUGGAUAAACAAUUUCUCUCUUCUGAGGUAUAGGAUAUGUUUCUCUUUCAGCGAAGUACCACGUACUGACCUACCUUCAGGUAAGAUAUGCAGAUGUAUAGCGGAGGAUGUGUUAUGCAGAUUGUAGGUUGCAAGGAGCAGAAAAGGGGUUUUGUGGGGUUUCAUUACUUGUACAGCUGAGUCACUGUGAGUCUUCCCACUUCUUCACAAAUGUUAAGGAGAUUGUGUUAUUAUUAUUAUUAUUAUUAUUAUUAUUAUCAUUAUUAUACAUUCAACUCACCAUCUCUUGUUUGAUUGGCUGAAAGCGUACAGUGAAUUUUCAAAAUUAGUGCCUAGGAUGUCAUCUAACUGCAGAUUGUGCAAUAAUUAUGUCGAGGUCACUCAAGGUCACGGGUGAUCAUCAAAGUGGUGGAUAUUUACCGAGCAGCUUUGAGGCUAGGCCAAUCAAUACCAUCUUUUCUAUUGAUGUUUUCAUCAAUGUAUUAUGUAUUCAGUACAUGCCAGGAUCACAAGAAUUUUAAAUAGAUUUUAAAAUUGAUACUCAAUUUCUCUAGUAAUUAGCUAGCACUAUUAUAAAUGAUUAGGGUUGAACUGUAUUUUAAUGUUUAUUUUUCGUGAUUUAUGUUUUAAUUGUAUUUGACAGGAUGCAGUUGCACAGCUACUGGAGCAUAAAGAAGAGAAUCCAAGGGUCAUUCCAGCUCGAUUUCUGAGUGAUUAGUGAGUGGUUAAUGAAAUUCAUUUAUUUGUUGUAUGAUUUAUUAUCCAUUUGUAUUGUUAUCAUUGUUUUCAUCAUCAUAAUUUUCAUUUUUAUUUUUAUUAAUUAAGUAAUAGCUGUGGUACUGUAUUCAGGUGUUUGUUACUGAGAUACUGGAAUGCCUUAAGCACAGCCUUAUUUUUUCUUUGGCUAUGGUAACCUCUUGAGGUUGCAUUAUCAUUUAUUUUUUAUUCAGCAUGUUGUCAUCAAUUGGGAAUAGUGUUACUACUAAGAAAAUAAUCAAUGAAUCUUGUAUGCUGUCUGCUGAGGAACUUGAUUGGUACAGAAUUCUUUAAAGAAACUCCAGGUAGAGAAAGUUUUGUCCCUGCAAAUCAUUCUCUAGUGUCUAAUGUAUCUAUCUACUGUCUUCUUUCAUAGCUUCAGGAGUGUUGUGCAAGGGAAUCACACUCUAUUCAGGGAGUACAGUUACAUCAAGAAGACACCUCACAAUAUUGCCUCUUUUAUCAGAGUGUUUUGGAAAUGUUUUAGACAUAUCGGAAGGAAUGGAGGUAUGAUACAAAAAAAAAUUCAGAGCUUGCAUGGAAAUAAUAUUGAGUUUGUAAAAGUUGUUGUGUCGUUUGUGUUUUCCUUUUGAUUUUAAUUUGUUCCUUUUUUUGUGUAAUGUCAGUCAUAGUUUAAUUUGAAGAUGGUGAAUCAUCAGGCACUUAUUCAAAAAAUUUUGGCCAAUGCUUUGUUGAUUUUGUUGAAGUGUUUGUUGAAGGGAGGGGUGUUUGUUGAAGGAGUUUUGUUCCUGGUGAGACUAAAGUUGAUGGAAAACUCCUAAGACUAAGUAUAAAUAAACAAAUUAUUGAGAAUCCUUAAAAGAUAGAAAGAAAGUUUCAACAGGAAAAAAUUUUUCUUCUGUCUCUACCUUUCAAGUUCAUUUUAGGGGACCUUUGGUUUGCAUGUUCACUAAUCUGUAAACAAAAAGUAAAAAUUCCUGGCAAAAAGUUGAUCUUAACUAAGAGAAAUAAACAAAUUAAUUUUUUCUGCAUUGACCACAGAUUUGUUAUCUAAUUUUUUAUUGACCACAGAUUUGUUAUCUGCUAAGGAAUAUCAUUCUCUAGUGUGCCUGUUGUGCCCUGAUUUUCCAUUUGAGCCAGUUCAGAAGACAGCAAGGUGGGUUAUACAUGGAUCACUAGCAUGCUGUUUUUUGUCACUCACUUUAGAAUGAUCCUUUAACCCUUUAACUCCCAGAAGUGAUUAAUAUGUAGCUUCUCCCAAUAAUGUUAAUAUGUUAUCUAACAAACAGGUAAUGAGAAUAUUCAAACUUAUCGGGUGGAAGUCAAUAUCUUGAUCUAACACCCAAUUCUUCCAACUAAUUUACAAGGAAAUGUGUAGCAGCUAGAGGGGAGAAUUGACAAUCAUAUCUUGGGAAUUCAAGGGUUAAAACACCUGCCUUUUUUCAGGAUUAUUUUAAUGGAAGAUGCUAUGGAUUGUCUGAUGUCAUUUCCAGAUUUUCUUUAUGCUUUUCAAACACAGUUCUUUUAUGAGGGUAAGUUAGCAAAUAGUAAUCUUGACUAUUUCAGUCUGAAGAGGUGAAAAUCUUAUCACAUGUUUGCAAAUUAAAACUACAGCAAAUUUGAUUGUCUCAGGAGAUGCCAUUUACACACAAACCUAAACCAAAACUGAAUUGCAAUCUGGGUUAAUUUGCUCUUACAUUUGUUUAGCUUUAGUUCUCUGUAAUAAUUUCCCUAAAUAGAUAUUAUUCUCUAUUUACCUUUGUCUUCAUGGUGGUUUCAUAACUUGAGUAAUACAUUUUUCUUUUUUUGAAUAGUUUUUGCAUUUGAAUUUGUGUUUGCCAUUUAUUUUCGGCAAAUCCCAUCUAGUGGAAACAUCACCUUGCUUUUCACCCUUUGUUAUAAUGGACUUCUUAUGGGGCUUACAUAUGUGGAGGGGGGGGGGAGAUCUGCAAGACUGCAUUUGACCCUGUCUCUGGUAAAAAAGAAAAAAAGUAAUUUUUUAGUAAUGAAUAAAACAUUUUGGUACAUGUUUAGCUCCAACAUUCAAUAAGAUUCUGCUAAAGGUCAUCGUACACUUAAUCCUACCUAUUCCAGUUUGAUUCUAAUUGAGCAAUGCUUAUGUAUUUUGACAUAAUAUGUUGAAAGUUCAUCCUCAAACCUCAUUUACAGUUAUUUUUGUCCAAUCUUUUUCACCCUCUUCAUUUCUUCACUUUGACAUUCUUCUGAUCUUUGUUUUUUGUGGAAAUCUUUCCUUUAAAUGUUACCAGUCCAUACCUCUAAAGAAAGGCUUGGAAGUAAAGUUGAUGUUGAUGUGCAUAAAUUCUUUUCUGACAAAGAGCUUUUUCUACAGAGUUUAUAGAGAAACUUCACAGCACUUAUCAAGCCCUGAUAUCAGGUACUUAUAGACCUGGUCAGAUAGUGAUAGUGCCAACACUGUCCAGGCCCACUCAGCACAAGACACAGCAGCCUGCACACACUGCACCAGAUGCUGCUCAGGUCAGUCCUGGGGAUGGAGUGGAGGUUCAUUCUUUCUUGGAGGCCAUCCUUCAAAUUAUUCAUACCAGCAAUGGCUCCUUCAGGUAUAAUCCUUUCUAAACUGUUUCUUUUUCCUCCCAUAUCUAUGGCAAAUGUUUAAACUCUUUUUACUUGACGAGCAAGCUCCCAACUUUUAUCAUCUUUCUUAGUCCAUAUGUGUAUCUGUACUGGAUGUCUUUGAUAUUUCUGAUCUUAGCUAUAAGUAUGACAUUUGUCUCUAGAGCCUUAUACAGCUGUUUCAAACUGAUUUACUUACAUUGGAUUGACUUUUCCUGAAAUCCAAAAUAGAGCCUUGAGGCUCAAUGAUUUAAAAACUUUUUUCCUAUUGUGAAGGAAUUUACUGUAGUUUGAAAAUCAUUCUUUCAGUUGUCCACCUGUUGAGGUCAUUAAAGAACUAUUGUCAUCUGUUGAAAGAGUUACUUUUUAUGGAUUUCUUAUUGGCCUUGCAAAACACCCUGGAGUCAAUAACAAUGUUGGUAAGAGGAACCACAUGUCACUCUUUUAAUGCGAAAAAGCCUUUUUAUAAAAAGGAAGCCUGAGUGUAAAUAGCCAUUAGUAUUGGAGUUCACUUUUAUAUAUAAAUAAGUUCUUAUUUCUAUUUGAAAGGAGUGAUAGAAAGGCUUGCUUUAUUUAAACACAGUAGGAUUUAAAGCUCAAAGCUUGUGGGGUCUUGUGAUAACAAGGCUAAAGCUGAUUUGGAAAUAUACUUUUGGAUUUAUGUAGAAUGAUAAUACAAUGCUCCAAGCUGCAUUCCUUUAUGGCCACUCUGGCAGGUACAGAAAAUUAUUUGACACUAACUUUAAAUUAUAACCCUAUGUUCAUUGUUGUUAACAGCAACCCUACCUGAUAAAUCAGCUAUCAUGGAAGAAACUGAUCAGGAAUUGAGCAGGUUUGAUGUUCAUUUUAUGUUUGUGAAUAGGGCAUAUUUUUAUUGAAUAUUAGCCCUUUACACCCUAACAUCAGUUUACAAGUUCUCUAUACUAUUCUCUAUAUGUUCCCAAUGAUACUCACAAGGAGAAUUUACUUAAUAAUCAGGAGCUUCUUAACAUUGUAAUCAUUUCCUUUACUCUUAUGACCUUAAUGUUUGAUUUAGGGGUGAUACUAUUUGGAGAAAUUGGAUGUUUAUCACUCCUAGGGUUUAAAGGGUUAAAGUACAAAGCAAAGGAAUCAGUUAUAAAGAAAGAAAGUUUUAAACUUAGCAAAAGAGAGCUCAGAGGAGAAACAAGCAUCCAGCCUGGAGAGCAAGAGAAAGCUGGUGACCAAGUUGCCAUUUUUUAAGUUUUGAUUUCUAGUAUUGGUGAAAUAGUGUGGUUGGACUUAACUAGAGCAAUCACAGAAAGGUUUAAAGCCAAGCCAAUGCAUUCCUGGAUUACUGUUGAGAGUCAGUUAAAAAUAACCCUUAGUAGAGAAUGAAUUAAUCAAUAAUAAUUACCAGUUAUGGUUAAUUAAUAACUAUUUAUUGAUGAUUAAUUCAUUGUCAGAAUUAAUUUCCUCAAAUUAUUUUAACAGUCCUUCAACCAGACCCAAAUCAGGCAGACCAAAAAGUGGAAUUCCUAAUACUACCAAGAAGGCUCUUUGAAUUUGUGCAUGAUUAAUUGGUUGAUGCAUAUAAUAGAAAAAAAAAUGGACAUGUAAUUUCAUGAACUGUAAGUAUUGUAUGUAUCUUUUGUGUAAGAUAGCUGAAUAUUUAGUGUGAGACCAUACUUUUUGUGGUCCUGAAUUAAAGCAAUUUUAGCAAUAAAUAAAUUUGGAUUGUCAAUUAUCACAACUCUUCUUUAAAUGACAACCAAUGUGUUCAACUUUAAUCCGGAACUCUUUAUUUUUAUUUUUGUUGUUUUUGUAUGAUGGAUCUUUGCUUUUGGAAAAAAACAACAAAACAAACAAAAACAGUUAAAGUUAAUUGAUUUUUUUCCUUAAGAAUGUUAGUCUUUUAAGACUCUCUUUUAUAUCUAGC